UAAAAAAGAGAAGAAGUCUUGUGAUAAAUAUAAUAAGAAAAAAUACUUAAUAGAUUGUCACUAGAUACUCACCUAAAAAGGAAAAAAAAUAAAGUAUAUCCUAAAAAAUAGAGUAAAUAUCUAUUUUAUUUAUUUGUAUGUUACCCCCUACAUCAUGAACCCAUCGUAUGAUACACUACAUACAUACAUGUUAAUCAGGAACCGUGACGGUGGAAGCUUGCACAACCGCAGCACAUAUUAACGCGCUGCGCACGCGCAGACUACACAGUGACAAGCCACACGCAACAUGAUUCGCAACAUAGCUUUGACCCUGGCCGUAGUGGUUGCAAGCCAUAUGUGCUUAGCGAACCCCGUCCCAGAACCCGAUCCCGUUCAUAGAACGCACGUGAGAAUCCACGUGCCACAUGAAGUCCAUACCGUCCACCACCAUCACGUCGAAACAGUGCCCGUAUACAAAGAAGUACCAGUCAUCAAAACCGUACCCAUCAUCAAAGAAGUACCGGUCAUCAAACACUUGCCGGUCGUACAAACUGUACACGUACCUGUUGUCAACACUGUACACGUCGAGAAACCAGUCUUCGUACCAGUUAAAACACACGUAUCUUACUCCUCCUGGCAUUAACGCCUGAAUGUAGACGGUUGUAGAAAUAGUGCUUUAAUCAAAUGCUAAAGACUUGUCGAUAAAUGUGUAACAACACUAGUCCUUUGUAAAGACUUUACUUGAAAUUUAGUCUAAGUCACGUAACUUUUUAAUAAAUGCAAGUAAAGCAUUCGAAAUGAUUGUGUA